UUAAAUUUUCAUUCUAUUUGAGAGAUAAUAUGUUAACGCAGUACUGGAUUUUUCAAAUUAUUCUUUUAUUCAGUUUUAUUGUUGAUAAUGUGACUAGUGACAAAAAUAUUAAAAAUGUGCUUCCAAGUAAUUAUGUUAAGGAAAUGAGACCGUCAUUAAACAAAAGUGAACCAGUAAUGGUUGACUUUAGCAUAUAUGUUGUAGAUAUUAAUUCAAUAAACGUUGAAGAUAUGGAUUUUCGUUCUCACGAUUUUAGUAUUGAUAUGUUCGUACGACAAAAAUGGACAGAACCGCGUUUACGUAUAACUGAUUCAAUAUUCGAAGAAGGUGAUGAUUAUGUUACGUUACCACCAGAAUUUUUUGAUAAUUUAUGGCAACCAGAUCCAUAUUUUUUCAAUUCAAAAGUUGUUCAAAUUGCUGCAUUAACACAUAAAUAUUCAUCAGUGACAUUAUAUCGUAAUAAAACCGUAUCAUAUACAGCUCGAAUGCAUGCUAUUGUUGCCUGUCAAAUGGAAUUUAAAAAUUAUCCAAUGGAUAUACAAAUCUGCCCAUUAUAUAUUGAAAGUUUUUCAUAUAAUAUUAAAAAAGUACGAUUUCGGUGGACUCAACCAGGAGUCACAUUAAAUCCCGAAUUGAAAUUGUUACAAUAUCAUAUUGGAUAUCCAUUGCAAUUAGAUGAAACUAAUGAUUAUAUGCAGGAAAAAGCAGAAAAUUUUUCCCGUUUGAUUGUUUAUUUUAGAUUUGAACGUCAUAUUGGGCAUCAUUUAAUACAAACAUUUGCACCAUCUGGCCUGGUUGUUGUCUUGUCUUGGUUUAGUUUCUAUUUAGGAUUAGAUGCAAUACCUGGACGUGUAACAUUACUUGUCACAUGUAUGCUGACGUUAGUAACAAUGUUCACUGGUUUAAAAAGUGACAUUCCUCCGGUUGCUUAUGUAAAAGCAUUAGAUUUAUGGAUGGCAGGAUGUAUGGUAUUUGUGUUCGCAGCUUUAGCCGAAUUUGUAAUAGUUAAAGUUCUGGAUGUGAAAUAUCAAUCACGAAAAAAUAUGAUAACAGAUGCUUCUCGAUUGAUACCAAUGCAAAUGCCACCACCAAAUUGCUCGUUUAUUGAUAAACGCGCAAAUUCCGUUUGGGAUGGUAGCAAUAUUCGAUUUACACAACGACAUUCAGCAACAAGUGUUGGAAGUAAUCCAACAUCGUAUUUUUUAGAUUUAUCUUGGAUUGAUCAUGCUACUGGUAAAAAGAAAAUUUUAUGGGAAGAGAUUGAUAGAUCUUCAAGAUUGGUAUUUCCAGCUUUAUAUGUACUAUUUUUAGUAGUAUAUUGGCCAGUGUUAUUGUUUAAAAAUACAUAAGUGAUAACAA